UUUUGGAAAAUAUAAGAAAAUAAAACUUAAAAACAAAAAAGGGAAAUGAAAACUGAUAAACCCAACCCCUAUGGGAAUACAACUUGAAAACCGAAAAAAAGAAGUGGAGAAUCCACUGCAUAAUUCCUCAACAUCUGUUCUAGGGUUCCUCAAUUUCGAUCAAUUUCGGUUGCCACCUCCAAUUGUGAGGAUAUUGGAGAAAGCAAAUGCCGGAGGAGGAUUUGGUAGAGCUGAAAUUCAGGCUGUACGAUGGAUCAGACAUCGGUCCGUUCCGAUAUUCGCCGGCGUCGACUGUUGCUAUGCUGAAGGAAAGAGUUGUCGCAGAGUGGCCUAAAGAUAAGAAAGUUACCCCAAAAGCAGCAAAUGAUGUGAAAUUAAUAAGUGCUGGGAAAAUUUUGGAGAAUAACAAGACCGUUGCACAGUGCAAGAUGCCAUUCGGAGAGCUGCCUAAUGGAGUUAUCACCAUGCACGCUGUUGUACAGCCAUCGGUAGCAAAAGCUAAGACGGAGAAGAAGGUCGACGAGACUCCAAAGAAGAAUGUAUGUUCGUGUUCCAUCUUGUGAGAGUGGAAGUUUGAUUCAACCACACAAUAAUUUGUAAACAGUACAAUGCUCAUAAUUCAGUGUGUGUUUUGAGAGCAUUUAUGUGUAAGAGUUGUUUGUCAUGUAUGCUUGUUUCUAUAAAAAUUUGCUGCUUGUACAUGUGUAGGUGCAGAACUUUUACAUACUACUCCAUGAGAAUACAACAUCUUUGGGUUCUUCCCUCCAA